UCAACUGAGCAGUAUUGGUGUUUUAUAUAUUGUUUACGACGUGUGAUCGAAGUUCUCUAUAAUAUUCUGCAUUUUCUUCUUGAAAUGGUACACUGCUGUGUGCCUGAAUGUACUAAUCAUUCAAGUAAAACUACGUCUGUCAGCUACCACAAAAUUCCGAUGGAUGUAAAGUUAAGAAAAGCGUGGCUUGAGCGUCUAAGAAGAGACAACCUACCCACAGUUGAAAACUGCUACGUUUGUAGCGAUUAUUGUGAUAAAACCUGCUUCAAAUUGGACUUCAGGGAAGAAUUAACUGGGGAAAGAGGCAAAAGGAGACUAAAUGCUAACGCUGUGCCCAGCAUUUUCGCCUUUAAUUCGUCGAACAGGCCGCGCCAAAAAAAACGCAGUGCAACCGAAGAUCGAACACUUCGAAAACAGACGUUAGAAGAGCUCCUAAAAGAACCAACCCCAACACUUGAAGCAGAAGCAAGUACAAUCAGUGAUGAUCUGACCGAUACGUCUUAUGACUUGAGCAUACACGAAUCUACAAGUAGAGAUUUCUCUGCCCAGUGCUGCCUUGAAUCAGUGCCUUUUGUGAUUACAAAAAAUGCUUCAACACAAACAGACACACUUAACUCUUGCAUAGAAGAUCAAGUCAGGAAUUACCCAAGUAACUACUUAACUGAAAUUGCAGGACAUAUUGAUGCAUCAUUGAUUAAGCAUGAACAUCCAUAUGCAAAAACUGAAACCACACAAGAAAAAAAACUUGUUCCCUGA